AGAUAUUUCAUCUUACUGCAGGGCAUAGAAUCAAUAGGAGCUUCUCCUUGGGGAGCUGCUGUGAAACAGGCAAGGACAGUAGGAAUUAAGAUACUAACAGACUCUUGCUUUCACAAAAGAUGUAGUGGUUUUUGUGCUGCAUCGUAUAUACAUGUUAACCAGAAAGAGCAGACUUGGAUCACCAGUGCUUCUUUACUGAUGCCUUGGAAUCAGACGCCGUAUUGCAGAGCUGUGAAAGUGCUUGGGAGGAGAGAAGAUUGCUUGAAUUCUGGAUAUUCUCAGUCUACAGGACAAACCUGUUACAGCAUUUUUUUUCUUUGCCUCCAUUUGCUCUGUGGUUGGGUUGAUGUUUUGUGUGCGUAGCGGGGUUUUGUUUGUUUUUGUUUUGUUUUAACCUCUAGCAUUUAAGGAUAUCUAAAAAUGAGACUGUAAUCUUCAGGAUUUGCUGAUUUGCUUUGCCUCUAAUGCAGAAGACUCUGUGGUGCUUCUUCUUCAGAAUGAAAUAAGUUGAAGAUAAAACAUCCACAUUACAGAGAAGACAGGUUUCACGGAUUCCAAGAACACAGAUUCCACACAUAUUGCCUAUUUGCUUUGACUGAUAGAUACGGUAUUAGCUUCUGUGCUGCCAGUGUGUAUGUCUGUGUAAGGUGCUUAAGGAUGCAUGUAACAGUGUGCUGAGCCAGAAAUCUAAACAUCUUUAUUUGAUGUUACUUGCUUGUCAACUGAUACUUAAGGAAGAUUCUUAUCCUUAGAACAAUAAUCUCUGCUUCUGAAAGCUACUGAGUUUUGUUUGUAAAGAGGGUUGGAGGAGCUGCUUUAUAUAACAACAAUGGUGUAUGGAUUGUAAAAAGAAACUUAGCAGAAUUUUGUCAACAUACUUAUCAUCAGUGUGGCUCUGGUUUAAAAGAGAAACUACUACCCCCUCCAGCCACGGAAAUGGCCUUUCUUGUUCGCUGUUAUGCCAAUUGUCUUCAGCCAUGGGCCUCCAAACUUCCAGCUGAUCUUACCAAGAUGCACCUCACAGACAACCCUCAUCCACAGGUGACUCAUGUGUCUUCUAGUCAGUCUGGCUGUAGCAUUGCCAGUGACUCUGGGAGCAGCAGUUUAUCCGAUAUCUACCAGGCUACAGAAAGUGAAGUAGGAGAUGUAGACUUAACACGUCUUCCAGAAGGACCAGUUGAUUCUGAGGAUGAAGAAGAUGAGGAAGAGGAAAUUGAUCGAACAGAUCCACUGCAGGGUCGAGAUCUUGUUCGAGAGUGUCUUGAAAAGGAACCUGCAGACAAAACUGAUGAUGAUGUUGAACAGUUACUUGAGUUCAUGCACCAGCUUCCUGCAUUUGCAAACAUGACCAUGUCUGUAAGGAGAGAGCUCUGCUCUGUCAUGAUUUUUGAAGUAGUAGAGCAGGCUGGAGCUGUAAUUCUUGAAGAUGGGCAAGAGCUUGACUCAUGGUAUGUCAUUUUAAAUGGCACUGUAGAAAUUAGUCAUCCAGAUGGGAGAAUAGAAAAUCUCUUCAUGGGGAACAGUUUUGGAAUUGUUCCCACUUUAGAUAAGCAGCACAUGCAUGGAGUUGUCAGGACCAAAGUCGAUGAUUGUCAGUUUGUCUGUAUAGCCCAACAGGAUUAUUGGAGAAUUUUAAACCAUGUGGAAAAAAAUACCCAUAAAGUUGAGGAAGAGGGAGAAAUUGUCAUGGUACAUGAGCACCGAGAACUAGACCGGAGUGGAACCAGGAAAGGACACAUUGUAAUCAAGGCAACACCUGAACGUCUGAUCAUGCAUUUGAUAGAAGAACAUUCUAUUGUGGACCCAACAUAUAUAGAAGAUUUCCUGUUAACUUUUAGGACAUUUCUUGAAAGUCCUUUGGAUGUUGGGAUCAAGCUUUUGGAAUGGUUUAAGAUUGACAGCUUAAGGGAUAAGGUAACCCGGAUUGUACUCUUAUGGGUAAAUAAUCAUUUUAAUGAUUUUGAAGGUGAUCCUGCUAUGACUCGAUUUCUAGAAGAAUUUGAAAAAAAUCUGGAAGAUACAAAAAUGAAUGGCCAUCUCAGGUUAUUGAAUAUUGCCUGUGCUGCAAAGGCUAAGUGGAGGCAAGUUGUGCUACAGAAGGCGUCCCGUGAGUCGCCACUGCACUUCAGCCUUAAUGGAGGCAGUGAGAAGGGAUUCGGUGUUUUUGUUGAAUGCGUAGACCCUGGUAGCAAAGCUGCUGAUGCAGGACUGAAACGGGGUGAUCAGAUAAUGGAAGUCAAUGGACAAAAUUUUGAGAAUAUUACAUUUGUUAAAGCUCUUGAAAUUUUGAGGAAUAAUACUCAUCUUGCACUUACUGUGAAGACCAACAUUUUCGUGUUCAAAGAAUUGCUCAGUAGGACUGAACAAGAGAAAUCUGGUAUACCUCAUAUUCCCAAAAUUGCUGAAAAAAAAAGUAAUCGCCAUUCAAUCCAAGAUGUCCCAGGGGAUCUUGAACAGACAUCACAGGAGAAAGGAAAUAAGAAAGUUAAAGCAAAUACUGUUUCAGGUGGAAGAAACAAAAUCAGAAAAAUUUUGGAUAAAACACGAUUUAGUAUCUUGCCUCCAAAACUGUUUAGGAGACUGUUUUGUGAUGGAGGCCUGAGCCAAUCACAAGAUGACAGCAUUGUGGGAACCAGGCACUGUAGGCACAGCCUGGCUAUAAUGCCAAUUCCUGGAACUCUCUCAUCCAGCAGCCCAGAUCUCUUGCAGCCCACCACCAGCAUGUUGGACUUUUCCAAUCCUUCAGCUGUUGGUUUUUACUAUAUUCCUGAUCAAGUUAUAAGAGUUUUCAAAGCAGAUCAACAAAGUUGCUACAUUAUCAUCAGUAAAGAUACCACAGCUAAAGAAGUGGUAUGCCAAGCUGUUCAGGAAUUUGGUUUGACUGGUGCAUCUGAAACAUACUCUCUCUGUGAAGUUUCUGUUACUCCGGAGGGUGUCAUAAAGCAGAGAAGACUUCCGGACCAGUUCUCCAAAUUAGCUGAUAGAAUUCAACUCAAUGGAAGGUAUUACCUUAAAAAUAACAUGGAAACAGAAACAUUAUGUUCUGAUGAAGAUGCCCAGGAACUACUUAAGGAAAGCCAACUGUCCAUACUACAGCUCAGCACCAUUGAGGUUGCCACCCAGCUUUCAAUGAGGGACUUUGAUUUGUUCCGUAAUAUUGAGCCUACUGAAUACAUUGAUGAUCUUUUUAAAUUAGAUUCUAAGACAGGAAAUACUCACUUGAAACAAUUUGAGGACAUUGUAAACCAAGAGACAUUCUGGGUUGCCUCAGAGAUUUUAAGUGAAUCCAAUCAGCUCAAAAGAAUGAAGAUUAUUAAACAUUUUAUUAAAAUUGCACUUCAUUGCCGAGAAUGCAAGAACUUCAAUUCCAUGUUUGCAAUAAUAAGUGGCUUGAACCUGGCACCCGUAGCACGACUCAGAGGCACUUGGGAAAAGUUACCAAGCAAAUAUGAGAAACAUCUCCAAGAUCUACAAGACCUUUUUGAUCCAUCUAGAAACAUGGCAAAAUACAGAAAUAUUCUUAGUAGUCAAAGCAUGCAGCCUCCAAUUAUUCCACUCUUUCCUGUUGUCAAGAAAGAUAUGACAUUUCUUCAUGAAGGAAAUGACUCCAAAGUCGAUGGCUUAGUAAACUUUGAGAAGCUAAGAAUGAUUGCCAAGGAAAUUCGUCAUAUUGUUCGAAUGACUUCUGCUAACAUGGACCCUGCCAUGAUGUUCCGACAGAGGAAGAAGAGGUGGCGGAGUCUGGGGUCAUUGAGUCAAGGCAGCACAAAUUCAAACAUGCUAGAUGUUCAGGGAGGUGCUCACAAGAAAAGAGCACGCCGCAGCUCACUGCUGAAUGCCAAGAAGCUAUAUGAAGAUGCCCAAAUGGCAAGGAAAGUGAAACAGUAUCUUUCUAGUCUGGACAUAGAUACAGAUGAGGAGAAGUUCCAGAUGAUGUCACUGCAGUGGGAGCCUGCAUAUGGUACCUUGACAAAGAACUUAACUGAAAAAAGGUCAGCCAAGUCAUCUGAAAUGUCACCCGUGCCUUUGAGAUCAGUUGGCCAAACAGCGAAAGUCCACCUGCAUCAGCCACACAGAGUGAGCCAGGUGCUUCAGGUGCCUGCAGUUAAUCUGCACCCCAUCAGAAAGAGAGGACAAGCCAGAGACCAUGUGCUGAGUACAAGUUUACCUCCAAAGGGUUUAGGACCAACCGAAGAAGUGAGUGGUAAGAAGCACACAGAAGACACUGUUUCUGUGGCAUCCUCCCUGCAUUCUAGCCCUCCUGCAUCUCCUCAGAGUUCCCCUCGCAAAGGGUACACACUCAUACCAUCAGCCAAGUCUGACAACUUGUCUGACUCCAGCCACAGUGAAAUCUCCUCUCGGUCCAGCAUUGUGAGCAACUGUUCCGUGGACUCCAUGUCUGCAGCUCUGCAGGAUGAACGGUCUUCCGCCCACACCCUGGCAGUUCCUGAGCCCAUGGCGGGGACAUUGGAAAAGACAGAUCACCCUUCAGGAAUCAGAGACCACAGUCAGCUUGGUCACGGGUGGAUGCUGUCAAAGCCGUCUCUUAUCAAGGGUGUAGCUGUCCCAUCUUCUCUGAGCAGUGAAGAGAUGUCUCAUGAGCACAUCCUGCUGGAAGCAGCUGACAGUGGGCGGGGCAGUUGGACUUCCUGCUCCAGCAGCUCCCAUGACAACUUCCAAAGCCUUCCAAACCCCAAAAGCUGGGACUUUCUGAACACUUACAGGCACACACAUUUAGAUGACCCUAUUGCUGAGGUUGAGCCCACUGACUGUGAGCCCUGUGCCUGUUCUAUAGGAGGCUGCUCAAGAACUUGUGGCCAGUGCAAAGGCAGCCUAGAGACCAGUCAGCUGAGGCAGAGUUGGGCCUCUUCCAGCUCCCUCUCGGACACAUAUGAACCGAACUAUGGGACAGUUAAGCGGAGGGUUUUGGAAAGUGCACCAGCAGAGGCCCCUGGUGGCUUGGAGCCCAGGGACACCACUGACCCAGUUUAUAAAACUGUCACUUCCAGUACAGACAGAGGGUUGAUUGAAAAUGAGCAGGUGUCCGCAGUCUAGUCUUUGGAUGUCCUUUGGAGACCACUGGAAGUCAGGAGCAUGGACAAGAGCUCGUGGUUCUGCAGGCCAAGGCCAACAGCUCACUGCUGUCACCAACCAUGAAGUUUCCUCGCUGGGCUGAGGAUGAGCUCUUCCUGAAUCAUGCUUCCGUUUCUUCUGGCCCUGCAGGUGCAGUUUUUUUUUAAACUGGAUGUUGCACCUGAUCCCAGCCUUCACUUUGCACAUCACUCCUGCCUUGGGACCACAUUCAAGCUCAGAGUUGCCCCCCUGUAUAUCACUAUAGGUUUCUCUUUUUGUAAAUCAUUUUAAAGAUAGUGGUAUUAUUAUUUCCAAGCCAUAGCUUGGGCUAAAGGACACAUUCAAAAUGUCUGCCAAUACCAAGGAUAGUCUUGUGUAUUUGAAAAGUAACUUAUUAUUUAAAGUAUUGUGGUUUUGUUUGUAUUCAAGAGCUCUUGUUAGCUGUUGUUUGUCUGAGGCUAUACAGCUGUCUAAGGUCUGAGCAACAGACAUCAUCCUGACAUAGGUAUAGAGAUGUGGCACUAUUGUAGCAGAUACUCAGGUGGGAACUAGACACCUGUACAGGUGAAGUGUGAGCAGCCUGCCUAUCAUGGCAUGGGCUUUAACAGCCAUAGGGGUCUUAGCAGUCCUUUGGGAAGGGGAACAGAGGUCGAAUAGGGAGAGAGAACCCUAAUUUCCAAAGAAGGAAUAGUUAACAUUGGAUCUAUUUCUGAAGUGAACAUCAUGCUGCAUCCAGCUGUGAGGAUUCUACAAAUCCAAUGGGAAUGGCUUCUAGAGAGUUUUGUUUCUAUUGGAACCCACCCUAAGCUAACAUUUCACAACUCAAGUGUAGUAUUCCUAGUUUAAACAAAUUAGUGUAGGAGCUAGAGAGAUGGCUCAGUGGUUAAGAUGCUCUUGCAGAGGGCCCUGGUUUAUUUAAUUCCUAGCCCUCAUAUGGUAGCUCACAACUGCCUGUAACUCCAGAAGUGGAAUCCAACACCCUCCUGGUUUCUGGAAGCACUGAGUACAUGUGGUACAGAGGCAUACAUGCAGAACACGCCUACACACAAAAUAAUAAUAAUUUUUUAGGUAUGAAUGUAAUGAUAAAGGUCAUCUUGACUUAUUUGGUGGCUUGCACUACACAGCCACACGUGCAGUCAUUGAACUUGAACUUAGAGCCCUCCACAGAGCUCAGUAACCGGGAUAGACUUGUAUAAGAGAAAGGCACGAGGGUAAUGGAGGGGACUUCUACCCUGGAGAGGACAUCCUUUGUGAUCUCCUGGAUAUGGCACUCUGUAUUCAAAUUCAGUGACUGCUUAUGAAAUAAAGUAGACUUUUCACAUUUUUACAAAUUAAUCGUAACAUUUUAUAGUUAAUAUAUUUAAAUGUUAAAUAACAUAUUUAAAAUUUUUCAUUUGCUUUGUAAUAUAAAGGCAAAUAAGGUUUCAUAAACUUCUGUAAUUACCAAAAAAAAGCCAAAGCCAUUCUAAGUGCACUAAGCAUGGCAGCAUUGCUGCAGAGCAGUCACGUGACCAACGCCUUCUCAAGACUGUGCUUUUCUGCUGCUCUCUCUUCCUGUUUCCUGCCAAUCACUUGAGAAUCAGAACAGUUUCAAAUGUAAAUAUUUUGUCCUCCCACAGAAUGCCUGUCUCUUUAGGAAAAGUAGGGACUGAUGAAUUCCCCUGGGGAGACCUUAACCCAGAAGCCUUAGACGUGAGCCCAGGUGCACUUCAGUACAGUGAGGCAGAACCUUGCUGGCCCUUCAAAGUUGAAAGCAGCCUGCACGGCCACUGAAGCUUAACAGCCAUGCUUAACUGAUCUGACCUAUGAACUGUGCUGUCUCUGAGUGUGAAGUUUUUUAUUCACUUGUUUGCAUAAUAUUGUUUUCGUGUCCAAAACAAAGUAAGUAUUUUUGCUAUGUCCACCUUUUUAAUCCAACUGUGGGUACUCAUUGCCACCAUUUUCUAUCCAUUACUCUAGAGAAAUGUGCUCUUUGCACAGCUUCUGUUUGUCUAGCAGGUCUUCAGACGGAGCCUGUCCUGCCUUGGUCCUCAGUGGUGUAAAUAUCUUGCACAGAGCAUUGAGGCUUGUGGCUUUGAACUUGCACUGUGUAGCUGCCUUGGUUAUAUCGAGCUUUAUCUGUGAGUGUUCAGACCAGCUGAUCAUAUUGAUCAGAAUGAAAACCAAAUGAUUUGUGAUAUGAUGUAUAUGAGUCACCGAAAAAAAUCAUGUCUGCCUUUUUUUUUACUUUGUCAUGUAACUAGAACAAGGGAAGCCUUAAGCCCAUGCUUGCUCCAGUUCCAAAUCCCCAUCUGUCCUUGUCCUAAGUGUAACAUGACUAAAGAGACUAGUGCCCAGCAUCUGCCAAGACUGUCAGAGCAGAAGACCCUUCGUGCAGAAUCUGCCAAACAGUGAGAGAUUGGUUACUGAGUCCCAGUGCUCGUUACAGCAAGGUUACUUGCGAUCCCCAGACUUCAUUUCCUGUAACUGGUGUCUUUCAACAUGAUCUUUGAAGAGAAAAAUCCUUUAGAGAAUAUUCACGAGGGUGACAUGUUCAUCUCUGUGAUCUCUACCAAACUGGAAAAGCAGCAGUAACUACACUAGUUUCUUUAUAAUUACAAAAAAGGGGGGAGGAAAAAGAAUUCCUUAAGUUUAAAACAGUGAUUACUUGGAUUGAAAGGUUCUAGAAGACAUUAAUUGUAUCCUUUCAGAAUUCCAUUACAUGCUAUAAAGGGGAGGGGGGAUCAGCCUUGAGUUGGGUACAUUUUCAAGUUGAAACUUAAACCCUACUUCAUCUUUAUCUUUUGUGCUAUUUAAAAGGCCUCUUUAUUUUUAAUGUACAGAAUGCAGUUGACCUGGUAGAUGUUUUAACAUUGAAAUGUGAGUUUAGCAAAAAGCAAAAUUGCACAGUUGCUAUGAUCAAGUGACAAUUAUCUGCACAAUUCGAUGAUUGUAAGGCAUCCUGUAACAAGCAAUGUUGUCUCCUAGUUUUUGAUGCCUCUUAAACUUAUGUCUUUUAGAAAGACAGUGCCUCUGUAUGCUUUUGUAUUUUUACUGAGUGUAAAUACUUGUUAUAUUUUUGGUUAAGAGAAUGUAAGGGUAUCAUUUAUUACCACGUCUCCUAACACAUUGGAACCAAUAAAGAACCUGCAUUAACUGUG